AUGGGAAGAUAUAGAGAUUGGAGAAGCAAAUGCAAACACAUGCAAGUGCAAAAAAAACCAAAUAAUGCAGACAAAAACAAUGCCAAGUUGGUUUUUUAAUGAACCAAAAAGAAUCGAAAAAAAAGAAGCCACCCAAUUUCCUUUCCCUUCCAGCCGUAAAUCUUGCUAUGACAGCACAGCCUUUUGAUUCUCACAUUUUUGGGCCACAUUCCCCAUGUGCUCUGCCAUCAAUUACAUCUUCCUCUUUCUGUUACCUAUGCAUUGCUUCUUGAACUGUUGAAGAACUCCCUUUAAUUUUGCAGAACCUUGCAUAGCUCCCUCUCUCUCUCUCUGCGUGAAGAUGGAGAAGAGAGCUUGUCUCAGUUGCAAGCUUUUACUUGUCUUACUUUCUGGGUUUUCUUCAAUUUUUGUAAUUGUCAACUCUCAAGUUACCCCAAGUGAAGAUGUUGCAGUUAUGCUUGCCCUCAAGAAAAGCCUCAAUGUACCUGAUUCUCUUGGAUGGUCUGACCCGGACCCCUGUAACUGGAACCAUGUUGGCUGCUCUGAUGAAAAACGGAUCACCCGGAUCCAAAUUGGUCGACAAAACCUUCAAGGUACGCUUCCUUCAAAUCUCCAAAACCUUACUCAACUAGUGCGCUUAGAGCUCCAAUGGAACAACAUCUCGGGUCCUUUACCUAGUUUAAAUGGAUUAAGCUCACUACGAGUGAUAAUGCUAACUGGGAAUCAGUUUACCUCGAUUCCUAGUGAUUUCUUCUCUGGCUUGUCUUCUCUUCAGGCUGUGGAGAUUGAUAAUAAUCCAUUUUCCUCCUGGGUAAUCCCUGAAAGUAUUAAAAACGCUUCUGCUUUGCAGAAUUUCUCCGCAAAUUCGGCAAACAUAUCUGGGUCAAUACCAGAUUUUUUUGGCCCAGAUGUUUUUCCGGGUCUAACCAUUCUGCACUUGGCCUUCAAUGAGCUUGAAGGCGGGUUGCCUGCGAGCUUUUCCGGGUCACAAAUCCAGUCUUUGUGGCUCAAUGGACAGAUGAGUGAAGCCAAGCUUACUGGUACAAUUGAUGUUAUACAGAACAUGACUUCGUUGAAGGAAGUUUGGUUACAUUCUAAUGAGUUUACGGGUCCUUUGCCGGACUUUUCGGGUUUGAAAGAUUUGCAGGUCUUGAGUAUAAGGGACAAUUCAUUCACGGGCCCUGUUCCUUUGUCUUUAAUGAAUCUUGAGUCUUUAAAUGUAGUGAAUUUGACAAAUAAUUUCUUUCAAGGGCCUAUACCUGUGUUCAAGAUCUCAGUCUCUGUUGAUAUGACCAAGGAUUCAAAUAGUUUUUGUUUGCCAAGUCCUGGUGAAUGCGAUUCCAGGGUUAACACGUUGCUUCUGAUUGUAAAAUCCAUGGGUUACCCACAAAGGUUUGCUCAGAGUUGGAAGGGGAAUGAUCCUUGUGCAGAUUGGAUUGGAAUUACUUGUACUCAAGGGAACAUCACUGUUGUAAACUUCCAGAAGAUGGGCCUUACAGGAACGAUUUCCCCCGAGUUUGUUUCACUUAAAUCGUUGCAAAGAUUGGUUCUUGAUGGUAAUAAUCUCACAGGUUCUAUUCCGCAGGUGCUUACUACUCUGCCUGCACUCAAGGAACUUGAUGUGUCAAACAAUCUUCUUUCUGGGAAAAUUCCAGUUUUCAAGAGUAAUGUGAUGGUGAAUACUGAUGGUAAUCCAGAUAUAGGGAAGGAAGUUAAUAGUUCUACAUCUCCAGGUUCGCCAUCAGCUGCUCCAUCAACAAACACAGGUUCUGGAAGUAGUGGUGGCUCUGGAAAUGGUGGCAAGAAAUCUUCUACUACGAUUGGAGUAAUUGUGUUCUCUGUCAUUGGAGGUGUACUUUUGAUAAUCUUGAUUGGCUUUAUGAGUUUCUGCCUAUAUAAGAAGAAACAAAAGCCAUUUUGCAGAGUGCAGAGCCCAAAUGCAAUGGUGAUCCAUCCUCGACAUUCUGGAUCUGAUAAUGAGAGUGUAAAGAUUACAGUUGCUGGCUCAAGUGUCAGUGUGGGUGCAAUUAGCGAGACACAUACUAUUCCCGCAAGCGAGCAAGGUGAUAUUCAAAUGGUUGAAGCAGGGAACAUGGUCAUUUCUAUUCAAGUCUUGAGAAAUGUUACAAACAAUUUUAGUGAGGAUAAUAUACUGGGUCAAGGAGGUUUUGGAGUAGUCUACAAAGGUGAAUUGCAUGAUGGUACAAAAAUUGCUGUCAAGAGAAUGGAGUCAGGGAUCAUAAGUGGGAAGGGACUAGCUGAGUUUAAGUCUGAGAUUGCUGUUCUGACCAAGGUUAGGCACCGGCAUCUUGUUGCUCUUCUUGGGUACUGCUUGGAUGGUAAUGAGAAGCUUCUUGUUUAUGAAUUUAUGCCACAAGGGACACUCAGUAGGUAUCUUUUCAACUGGACAGAUGAAGGACUAAAACCACUGGAGUGGACAAAGAGGUUGACCAUAGCCUUGGAUGUAGCAAGGGGUGUUGAGUACCUUCAUGGUUUGGCACAUCAAAGUUUUAUACAUAGGGACUUGAAACCCUCAAACAUUCUUCUUGGGGAUGAUAUGAGGGCGAAGGUUGCAGAUUUUGGUCUUGUACGCCUUGCACCAGAGGGUAAAGGCUCAAUUGAAACACGAAUUGCUGGAACUUUCGGAUACUUGGCACCAGAAUAUGCAGUUACUGGUCGGGUGACGACCAAAGUGGAUAUUUUCAGUUUUGGGGUGAUAUUGAUGGAGCUUAUAACAGGUAGAAAAGCUCUUGACGAUAGCCAGCCUGAGGAAAGCAUGCAUCUUGUAACUUGGUUCCGCAGGAUGCACCUCAACAAGGACUCCUUCCGUAAGGCCAUUGACCCUGCAAUUGACCUCGAUGAGGAAACACUUGCCAGCAUCAGCACUGUUGCAGAGUUGGCAGGCCACUGCUGUGCAAGAGAGCCUUAUCAAAGGCCCGACAUGGGGCAUGCUGUCAAUGUGUUAUCUUCUCUUGUGGAGCUCUGGAAACCAGCUGACCAAAAUCCUGAAGACAUAUAUGGCAUUGAUCUUGAAAUGUCCUUGCCACAAGUACUUGAGAAGUGGCAAGCUUUUGAAGGUAGAAGCAACUUGGAGUCCUCAUCUUCUUCACUUCUCCCUAGCUUAGACAAUACUCAGACCAGUAUUCCCACACGUCCAUAUGGGUUCGCCGAGUCAUUUACUUCAGCAGAUGGAAGAUAAGCUGUAAAUGAUUGUGGUUUUCUAUGUUCAUUCUAUUUGAUCUUCUUUGCUGUUUUCUUUUGAAAAGUUUCCCUCUAGCUAGUUCUUUCAUGUUUAUCAUUCUUGCAAGUAUAGUUUGUAGUAAUGUUCUUCACAUCUUUAAAAGGUUUUAAAAUGCAAUGAAAUGUGAUUCUCGAGUUUCCCCUGA